ACCACAGCGACCGUCCCUCCUCCCGGGGCGGGCGGGGAGGCGGCACCCGGGCAGCGCGGCGGGGCCGUUCCGCUCCGCGCCCUGCCGUGCCCUCCUGCCCCGUCGCUGAGGAGCGAGCCCGCUGCCGAGGGCUCCGCCCGGCCCUUCUGGAGCCCGGGGGCGUCCCGGUCCCCGCGCCCUCGCUGCGGACAGGGGUGGCCAGCGACGAGGGCAAACUUGGCUCGAAACUCCCGGCCGCCGAGGCACCGGCGGCCGCAGGGGGCUCUCGGGGCUGCGGGCACCGGCCCCGCCGCCCGGGCGGAGCGGAAAGUUUGGCGGCGGGAGGCUGGGCGGGGGUGGCGGCCGGCGGCGCUGCCGCAGUGUGUGCGCCGAGCCGGGGCUGCCGCCCGCCGCGGGAGCGCCCGGGGCUUCGUCCUGCCGCCCUCGCUGCGAGAUGAGGCUCGGGGACAGCGCCGGCUGCCGAAGGCUUUAGUUGUUACAUGCGCCCGAUAAUCCUCUCCAAAAUGGAUUUUAGUCAUAGCAGUCUUUUUGGAUACAUAGAAGACCUGCAGGAACUAACUAUUAUAGAGAGGCCAGUACGCAGGAGCCUGAAGACGCCAGAAGAAAUAGAAAGAUUGACAGUUGAUGAAGAACUCAGUGAUAUUGAAAGGGCUGUUUAUCUACUCAGUUCUGGUCAGGAUAUCCAAGGAACAAGUGUGGUGGCAAAUCUUCCAGUCCUUAUGCGACAGAAUCCUGCAGAAACACUUCGUCGGGUUUUACCAAAAAUGAGAGAGGUUCUGCAUGUUGCAGGAGUGGAAAUGCAGUUAACAGCCGCUGUUUCUUUUUUGACUGUUCUGCAAGAGGAGUCGGUGUCCAUUCAUACGUACUCCCACUCCUUCCUACACAUCAUUCUCCAGAACCUGGAACACAGAGAUGCAGGUGUCAGCAAUGCAUGGUUAGAAACUCUUCUUGCUGUAAUAGAAGCUCUACCAAAAGAAACGGUCAGACAUGAGAUUCUGAAUCCACUUGUUUCCAAAGCACAGCUUUCUCAAACACUUCAGUCCCGCUUAGUUAGUUGUAAAAUCAUGGGAAAAGUAGCUAACAAAUUUGAAGCUCAUAUUGUUAAAAGAGAGGUGCUUCCAUUGGUAAAAUCACUGUGCCAGGAUGUGGAAUAUGAGGUCAGAGCUUGCAUGUGUCGGCAGCUGGAGCAUGUAGCUCGAGGAGUAGGGACAGAACUAACAAAAACUGUGGUGCUUCCUGAGUUAGUGGAGCUGGCAAGAGAUGAGGGCAGCAGUGUACGCCUGGCAGCUUUUGAGACCUUGGUGAACCUGCUUGAUAUGUUUGAUGCUGAUGAUCGGAGUCAAACUGUUCUCCCAUUAGUGAAAUCGUUCUGUGAAAAAUCCUUCAAAACAGAUGAAUCUAUCCUAGUUUCUUUGUCUUUCCAUUUAGGGAAACUGUGUAAUGGAUUAUAUGGCAUUUUUACUCCUGAACAGCACUUGCGGUUUUUGGAAUUUUAUAAGAAGCUUUCCACACUUGGCUUACAGCAGGAAAAUGGGCAUAAUGAUAAUCAACUACAUCUGCAAACUCUGGAACAGGAAAAGAAGUAUAUUUCAGUGAGGAAGAACUGUGCUUACAAUUUUCCAGCCAUGAUUGUUUUUGUGGAUCCAAAGAACUUCCAUUUAGAACUUUAUUCUAUAUUCUUCUGCCUUUGUCAUGACCCCGAAGUUCCUGUCAGAUAUACCAUGGCCAUUAGUUUCUUUGAAGUUGCUAAGCUUUUAAGUUCUGAUGUGUAUACAAUACAUAAAGAACUGGUUACGCUCUUACAGGAUGAAUCACUGGAGGUGUUAGAUGCCCUUGUAGGUCACCUUCCUGAAAUCCUUGAACUAAUGACUAAUGGAGGAGAAAACAAUGGAUCAGAAAGCAAGUUACUGUCUAUUCCUGACUUGAUUCCUGCGUUAACGACAGCAGAACAGAGAGCAGCGACUUCCUUAAAAUGGAGAACGCAUGAGAAGUUACUACAAAAAUAUGCAUGUCUCCCUCAUAUCAUAUCAAGUGAUCAGAUCUAUUACCGUUUUCUUCACAGGAUGUUGACAAUCAUGUUGACAAAUAAUGUCCUGCCAGUCCAAAAAGCAGCUGCUCGGACUCUCUGUGUUUACUUGCGCUACAAUCGCAAACAAGAACAGAGACACGAGGUUAUUCAGAAACUGAUUGAACAACUGGGCCAAGGAAAAAGUUACUGGAACAGACUUCGUUUUUUAGAUACUUGUGAAUUCAUUAUGGAACUGUUUUCAAAAUCAUUCUUCUGUAAAUACUUCUUUUUACCUGUGCUUGAGCUUACCCAUGACCCAGUGGCUAAUGUCAGAAUGAAGCUAUGCUGUUUGUUGCCAAAAGUCAAAUCUACUCUGAAGAUUCCCACUGAUAAGCAUUUACUUCAGCAGUUGGAAUUAUGUAUAAGGAAACUUCUGUGUCAAGAGAAAGACAAAGAUGUCUUGACUAUUGUGAAAAGAACAGUGUUAGAAUUGGACAGAAUGGAGAUCUCUGUAGAUGCUUUUCAGAAAAGAUUUUAUGAAAAUUAUUUAUUGGAUCAAGAAAAAGAGAGACAAGAACAUCUCCUUUUGGAAAUGGAACAAUUAGAAAAAGAGAAGCAGAAAAAUGAAGGAAGAUCUACAAAUAUAAAUGAUAAAAUGUUUGAAAAGAAGCGUAGAGACAGUAAAACAUCAUCAGUGUUGGCAAAAAGUAUCAAUCUCUCUAUUUCCGGAAGCUCUUCUUGUCUAUCAGCAGGCAAAGAAGAAAAAAAAUCCAAGCUGGUUCGAAGCCAAUCUUUCAGCACUCAAGUACUGCAUCCAAAAUACAGCAACAUAGACAAGUGUCCUAAUAAAAGUUCUGCUACAGGAUAUACAUCUUCAGUACCAGGAAUGGGAAAGAGUUGUAUGUUAUCCUUUAGUGAUGACUCAUUCCGGACUCAUGCUGCUGCCAACAGUGGGAAUGCUGCCUUCCCUUCCAGUUCUUCUCGCAGCUUGUUUAACUCAGCUGACCAAAAGAACAGUGGAAGUAAGGAGAGUCAGUCCCGAAAGAUGAGCAUAAAAAACAGAAAAUCAAACUCCUAGAUCAUCUGAAAAAUGAAGGAACCAGAGGCUGGAGGAAGCAAUGUUCUGGUGGGAUAAGGUGGGAGCAGCAGAUGGGACUCUCUAAUGCCUGGACUGAAUAAAAUGUAUCCUGCAAUGUUAAAAAUUUAAAAUAAAUCUUUUCAAUAAAAUUCCAAGUUGUAAAAUAUGUUCUGAUAAACAAUGUAAUGGUUGCAGAAUUCUAACAUCGUAGUGAAAUGAUCUGAACCAUACUUUCAGCUAUGUGCUCUUAACUGCUGCAGCUAAGGAGAUUUUGUUUUCUUCAGUUAUGCCUUUGUAGUUUGAAGUCUUGGAUUUAGAAUGCACAUACCCAUUAUUUAAUUGGCUUAUUUACAAUCUCAGCAACCCUUAGCUCCCAUAUUUUAAGGUAGAAAUAGAAGGAAUUGUUAUGAAUAUGAAAAAAGAAUCCCACAUUUUAAAGAAUCUGCAAACCUAAUUUAAGACCAAAGUCCAGAACCAUUGAUGAGUCUAUAAAAAACAUAGACUUUUGAGGCAUUGUGCUGUGAAUUUGGAAAUAAUGUUUUUACAAGUGCUUAAUUCAUAAAAAACUGUCUAAGUUUCAAAGCAAUCUAAAAGCAAAUGUCUCCAGAUGAUGUAAAAAAAAAAGUUUUAUUUCAUAAGUUUUGUUGUAUAAAUACUUGUUUUAAUUUUAGUAUUUCAAAUUGUAUUUUCACUUUAAUAAUUUAUAAUAAUGAAUCUAGUUUUUAAUCAGCUGCUUUUGCAAGCUGUCAUGGUUCAGUGAUGUCAUCUGCAUUUGUUUGUAUUAAUGCUAAUGUUUCUAUCAACAUUUAUGUGGAAAAACAUGCAAUCAUAUUUUGAAAAGUUCUAUUUAUGCCAGUACUUGAGAGAGGUUAUGAAGCUAUUGUCAGCUUCUCUUUCAAAAUGGAGGCAGCAUAAAUAUAUUGAUAUCAGAAAUAUAUGGUUUUUAAAAUUUAUUGGUGUAUGAUAAAGAUGAUCUGGUCUGUGUAUGCGUAUGUGAGUGUGGUUACUUUUUAUAAUGUAAAAACAUGAAUGAUGAUUUACUCGAAAUAAAACCUAGGACAAUGCUGUACAUGCAUGUUCUUGAAAAAAAAUUCUCAGGGCAUCUUUUAUAAUUAAAAGAAAUAAAAGCACUUA